UUUGUAAAGGGUCACGUUGCUCUGCAGUAUUGAAACAGGAGACAGCUCUGCAUCCUCACAUACCUUACCUGCUCUGUGUCCACUGAAGACAGAAGCCUUUAGCCACCAUGACUCACCAGUACCCCGCUCUGAAUGCUGAGCAGAAGAAGGAGCUGCAGGACAUCGCUCUGAGGAUAGUCGCUGCAGGGAAAGGCAUCCUCGCAGCCGAUGAGUCCACAGGUAGCAUGGCGAAGCGUUUGAACCCCAUCGGGGUCGAGAACACUGAGGAGAACAGGCGCCGCUACCGCCAGUUGCUCUUCACCGCCGACGAGCGCAUCGACAGCUGUAUCGGAGGGGUCAUCUUCUUCCAUGAAACCCUCUACCAGAAAACCGACGAUGGUGUUCCCUUCGCCAAGCUCAUCAAAGACCGCGGCAUCGUUGUCGGCAUCAAGGUGGAUAAAGGUGUUGUGCCCCUCGCUGGAACAAAUGGAGAGACCACCACCCAGGGUCUGGACGGGCUGUCGGAGCGCUGCGCGCAGUACAAGAAGGACGGCGCAGACUUCGCCAAGUGGCGCAGUGUGCUAAAGAUCAGCGAGACCACGCCGUCUGAGCUGGCCAUCAUGGAAAACGCUAAUGUUCUGGCCCGAUAUGCAAGCAUCUGCCAGCAGAACGGGAUUGUCCCAAUUGUGGAGCCUGAGAUCCUACCUGAUGGAGACCACGACCUGAAGCGCUGCCAGUAUGUCACAGAGAAGGUUCUAGCUGCUGUGUACAAGGCUCUGUCGGACCACCAUGUGUACCUGGAGGGGACACUGCUGAAACCCAACAUGGUCACAGCUGGACACUCUUGUCCCACAAAGUUCAGCAGUGAGGAGAUCGCCAUGGCGACGGUGACCGCUCUGCGCCGCACCGUUCCCCCAGCUGUCACAGGAGUGACAUUCCUGUCAGGUGGGCAGUCUGAAGAGGAGGCUAGCGUGAAUCUGAACUCCAUCAACACAUGUCCUCUCCUCAAACCCUGGGCCCUGACUUUCUCUUACGGCCGCGCCCUGCAGGCCUCGGCCCUCAACGCCUGGAAAGGAGAGCUGAGCAACGAGAAGGCUGCCACCGAGGAGUUUAUCAAACGUGCCGAGGCUAACAGCAAGGCUGCACUCGGCAAAUACAAGUCUUCUGGAGACAGUGGCGCUGCUUCCAAAUCCCUCUACGUGGCCAACCACGCCUACUAAACAUCAACCCACUGCAUUCAGCUGUGGCCUAGUUCUAGUCUUAAUAUCUGCUCUGCUAUUCCCCCACUCCUCCAUCAGUCACAGGCCUGUGCUGUCUACUGUAACCUGUUCUCAGAUUUAUUAACGUUACUAGAUAUGUGUAUUUAAAACUGCAGUUCUGUAGGGAGCAGGGUUUGUUUUUGUUCUGUUUAAACAAGAUGGAUUUAAGAUAAUAUAUGACGGAAGUUUUGAAUUUUAUGUCUGAGUUUAGGUUUGAAGUUUAGAGGCUGCAGAAUGCAAGAGAGAAACUGUCAGUAUUUUAUUUUUUUCAUCAUAUUAGCACCUCUCUCCAGGUCAGGUUCUGCUCCCAAACAGGCCCAGGUGAGCAUGUUCGUGUCAGUGUGGCGCUUCUGUCAGAACACGUUGGGCCUUUAUUUAAACGCACACACACACACACACACACCGGGACCAACCUAGAAAUGAUCAAAACAUUCAUUAAAUGGACAAACAGGAUAA